GGUUUUGUUCUACAGGUUGGACGCGCUGCGGUCGUAUCAGAUUUUAGUUUUACCUGCCUGUCUGGUCGCUUGACGGGGCGCACCUGAAAGGAAACGCGCGUCCCUCUCGAGUCCGAGUCAGGUUUUCGCUUUCUUCUGACACAUUAAUGAAUAAAAAAAAGGGGGCGAAGGAGACGGUCGACUUUGCGGCUGCGGAUCAAUUAUUAACCUGACAACUCAAGCCGCAGUUCACUGAGGACCUGACAUGAGGAGCUGAGCCAAGCAGGAGAGAAGUGCGCGCCUCCACCGCUGACUCUGACCCCAAACAAGAAAACAAAAGCGGAGGCACGCAGGCCUACAGGUGUUGGUGUGUGUCUGUGUGUGUGUGCGCUCUUUUCCCCCAUUUUCAUGUCGUGUGAACUGGAUUUACUGUAAACAUGCUGGGAGCGGAGAGCAGACUGGAGAGCCGGCUGGUGAAGCUGGAGACCCUGAUGAGGAAUCCGCAGUCGGCUCUAAACUUGGAAACCCUGCUGGAUUCCAUCACCGCGCUGGCUCAUGACUUGAACUAUCCGGCCCUGAGGAAAAACAAAAGCAUCGAGGCGUUUCUCAACAGAUAUGAGAAGGCCGUGAGCCAGAUGCGAGAGCUGCAGGUGAAGCUGGAAGACUUUGAAAGGGUGAAGCUGAUCGGGAGAGGAGCCUACGGAGAAGUGCAGCUGGUCCGCCACAAGGAAUCUCGGAAGGUUUACGCCAUGAAGCAGCUCAGCAAGUUCGAGAUGAUCAAGCGGUCGGACUCCGCCUUCUUCUGGGAGGAGAGGCACAUCAUGGCCUUUUCCAACAGCCCCUGGGUCGUCCAGCUCUGCUGCGCUUUCCAAGACAACCUCCACCUCUACAUGGUGAUGGAAUUCAUGCCUGGAGGAGACCUGGUCACACUCACCAUGAACUACGACAUCCCAGAGAAGUGGGCUCGCUUCUACACGGCGGAGGUGGUGCUGGCGCUGGACGCCAUCCACACCAUGGGCUUCAUCCACCGCGACGUCAAGCCCGACAACAUGCUGCUGGACCAACACGGACACCUCAAACUGGCCGACUUCGGCACGUGCAUGAAGAUGGACUCUAAGGGUAUGGUGCACUGUGACACAGCCGUAGGCACACCAGACUACAUCUCCCCUGAGGUGCUGCAGUCUCAGGGCGGUGACGGUUUCUACGGCCGGGAGUGUGACUGGUGGUCCGUAGGAGUAUUUAUUUUUGAGUUACUAGUUGGUGAAACUCCUUUCUAUGCCGAGUCCCUGGUGGGAACUUACGGGAAGAUCAUGAACCACAAAAACUCCCUCGUCUUCCCCGAUGACAUAGAGAUGUCUCAGAACGCCAAAAACCUCAUCUGUGCCUUUCUCACUGACAGGAAAGUUCGUCUGGGCCGCACCGGAGUGGACGAGAUCAAAUGUCACCCCUUCUUCAAGAAUGACCAGUGGACCUUUGACAACAUCCGUGAGACUGUGGCCCCAGUUGUGCCAGAGCUAACCAGUGACAUAGACACCACCAACUUUGAUGACAUAGAGCCAGUUAAAGGAGAUGCGGAGACCUUCCCUCCACCCAAAGCCUUCGUGGGCAAUCAGCUACCAUUUAUUGGCUUCACUUACUUCAAGGAGAACCAGCUGCUGAAAGGAAGCAAUAGGAGCUCUGGGAAGGAUUCAGAAGGCUCUAAGGAAAACUCAGAGAAUAAGGAGAAUUGUUCGGAUAAUAAAAAAGAGCAGCUGCAGAAAAGGGUUAAUCAGCUGGAGGAGAAGCUCGACCAUGAGAUGCAGGCCAAAGAUGAGCUGGAGCACAAGUGCAAAAAUGUUACCAACCGCUUAGACAAGCUGGUCAAAGAAUUAGAUAGGGAGAUGAAUAGCAGGCAGAAAGUCGAGGCUUCGCUCAGGCAGCUGGAGAUGGAGCGAACUCUGCUGCAGCGCCAGAGCGCCGAGAGUCUGCGCAAGGUGGAGAUUGAAACCGACAGGAAACGCAGCCUGGAGAAUGAAUUGAACAGCCUGAGGGACCAGCUAGAGGAUCUGAAGAAGAGGAACCAGAAUUCGAGGAUCUCCAACGAGAAGAACAUCGAGCUGCAAAAACAACUCAAGGAGACCGACGCUCUGCUCCAGGCUGAGCGGGAGGCGGCGGCGCGGCUCAAGAAGAGUCAGGCGGAGGUGCAGAAGCAGGCCCAGAGCCUCGAGGCCAGCCUCAGGGAGGUGCAGGAGAGGUGCAACCAGCUGGAAAACGGCAAGAUGGAGCUGGAGAAGCAGCUGAGGGGGCUGCAGGCCGAGCUGGAGGAGGAGAGAAGGGAACGCAGCCUUGGGACGGAAACCAUUGCCGACCUGCAGGGUCGUAUCUCUGGCCUGGAAGGGCAGGUGAAAGACACAAAAUCAUCUCUCUCAAAGCUCCAAACCGAAAAGAAGGAGCUGCAUGGGAAGCUCAACGACCUUGAGAAGGAAAAGAGCAACCAAGAGAUCGACCUGACGUUCAAGCUGAAGUCGCUCCAGCAGAGUCUGGAGCAGGAGGAGGCCGAGCACAAAGCCACCAAAGCCAAGCUGGCAGAUAAAAACCACAUCUACCAGACCAUCGAGGAGGCCAAGUUUGAGGCCUUGAAGGAGGUGGAGUCCACCCUGCACGAGGAGCGCAGCUUGAAACUGCAGGUGGAAGGGAAGCUGCUACGGCUGGAGAAGGACCAUUCGAUGCUGGACUGCGACUACAAGCAGGCGCAGAACAGGCUGGAGGAGCUGCAGGCACAGAAGGAGAAACUCUCAGAUGAGGUGAUGCACCUGACCUUACGUCUGGAGCAGGAGAUCCAGAAGCGAACGUUGACCCAGAGCGAUCUGAAGAUGCAGAACCAGCAGGUAUCCGCGCUCCGCUCCUCGGAAAAACAGCUCAAGCAGGAGGUCAACCAGCUGCUGGACAUGAAGCAGGUCUUGGAGAAACAAAACCAGGAGCUGUGCAGGGAAAAGCAGGAGGCUGAUGACCAGUUGAAGGAAUUGAAGGACCAACUGGAGGCAGAGCAGUAUUUCACAACCCUUUACAAGACGCAGGUUCACGAGCUGAAGGAUGAGCGUGAAGAGAGGAACAAGCUGUACAAAGAUCUGCAGCAGCGACUGGCACAAUACCAGGAGGAAAGGGAGUCACUGACGUCCCAGCUGGAGGCCAGUUUGACCAAAGCCGACUCCGAGCAUCUGGCUCGCUCCAUCGCCGAGGAGCAGUACUCGGACCUGGAGAAGGAGAAGAUCAUGAAGGAGCUGGAGAUCAAAGACAUGAUGUCGAGGCACAAACAGGAGCUCGGCGACAAGGAGGCCACCAUCAGCUCGCUGGAAGAGUCCAAUCGCACUCUGACAGAGGACGUAGCCACCCUGGCCAACGAGAAGGAAGAGCUCAACAACCAGCUGAAAGAAAUGCAGCAACAGCUCCAGAAAGCCAGGGAGGAGAGGAAGCAGAUGGACUCUGUGAAAAUGUCCUUUGAAAAGCAGCUGCAGAACGAAAGGACGCUGAAAAUUCAGGCUGUGAACAAGCUGGCCGAGGUGAUGCAGAGGAGGGUCCCGCCCGUGGGCCACAAGAUCACCACCACCGUGGACAGGAAAGUCAAGGAGAACAGGGUGCUGCAGCAGGAGCUCACGGCAGAGAAGCAGAAAUUCAACAGCACCAUCAUCAAAUACCAGAAAGAGCUGUCGGAGAUGCAGGCGCUCAUAGCAGAGGAAAACCAGGUGCGCCUGGAUCUUCAGAUGGUGUUGGCCAGCAAAGACAGCGACAUCGAGCAGCUCCGUUCCCAGCUCAUGUCUCUCAGCGUCCACUCCCUGGACUCCACUAGCAUCAGCAGCGCCAGCGACCUGGACAAAGACGGAUACCCAGUGCGCAUUACUCACUCGCAAACCUCAGAAUCAAUGUCCUUCACCUACCAGCGCACGCACAAAUCCGUCUGCAUCGACACACGGCCCAACCUCCGCUCGGCCCGCAGUCUCUUUGACUCUGACUCGGAAGAUGAAGAAGAAUAUGAGGAGCAGGGCCAGCGUCCCCUGGCUCUUACGUAUGAGCAGGCCCCUGAGCCUGAGCCUGAACCUGAACCUGGAGACCCCAGGCUCGAGGGCUGGAUUUCACUUCCCGCCAAGAACACGAAGCGGUUUGGCUGGGACAAAAAAUAUGCAGUGGUGAGCAGUAAGAAGAUCCUGUUCUAUGACAGUGACCUGGACCGUGAGCAGUCCAACCCCUUCAUGGUCCUAGACAUCGAUAAGCUGUUCCACGUCCGCCCAGUGACUCAAACCGACGUGUACCGAGCAGACGCCAAAGAAAUCCCGAGGAUAUUCCAGAUCCUGUACGCCAACGAGGGCGAGAGCAAGCGCGAUCAGGAGGCGGCGGCGGAGUCCUCGCAGCCCGGCGACCGCGCCAACUACAUCAGCCACAAAGGCCACGAGUUCAUCGUCACCCUCUACCACUUCCCCACCAGCUGCGAGGCCUGCACUCGACCCCUGUGGAACGUCUUCAAGCCUCCGCCGGCCCUCGAGUGCCGCCGCUGCAACGUCAAGUGCCACAAAGAUCACCUGGACAGGAAGGAGGAAGUUAUCGUGCCGUGCAAGGUGAACUACGACAGGUCCACCGCCAAAGACCUGCUGGUGCUCACCGGCUCUCAGACGGAGCAGCAGCGCUGGGUCAGUCAGAUCCUCAAGCGCAUCCCGAGGAAACACCCGACGAUGAGCCCCCCCGCCGCAUCUCAGAGCAGCCCCCCGAGGCCGACGGCCCGCUCCUCUCCGAUGGUCUCCCCGGGACCUUCGCCCAGGAACUCUCCUCUCUUGUCCUCCCAUCGCGGGGCCAUCAAGGUCCAGUCCACCAGACAGCAGUCGUCGGGGAAGCCCAGAGUGCUUGAGUUUGGCCUGAAAGACUGGACUUGGUCGUUGGAUGAUGUCGAUAAUGAUGAUGAUGAUGAUAUGUUCUUCUGAAGGAAGUGAAAAGAGGAGGGACAGAGGUUAACCUUGGCUGAAUGUGCAGUUUCAUCCACGUGGAUCAGCGGUGGCAGUCUGGACGCGGCGCCUACAUGUGUCAUUUGUUCAGCGAGGCAGACAGUAAUCAUGAACAGAAAUAUUCACAGAGACUGGCUGUCGUCAUGAGAACUGGGAUAGCCUUUGUUAUUUUAACUAGAGGGAAAUGAGCACAGUCUUCAUCCAAUGACAAAAAAAAAAACAAAAAAAACUACCUUAGCUCAACAUCAGAGAAUAAAAACUGCCUUAUUUUAUAAUCAUCCUUAUGACAAAAACAUGGACAUUUUUUUCAGACUCACUUUGAUUUUUGUGAGACAUUAAGCAUGUGUGUGAAGAUUUGUACAUAGAAUGGAGAAAUCUGUGUGUUGUCUCUCAGAUACCUGAUCAUGUAUGAUUGUUUUGUUUUUAUGGCUAUAACCCAGCAGCACAUUACGGCCUAUAUCCUUGCCCUGUAAAUGUAUGGAUACAGUUUUUCCUCAGAGGAAGAUUUUACGUCUUCAUGAGCCUCGAUGUCUUGGAUUUGUUUCAUUACACAAAGUAUAUCCAUUGCAGCAGAUGACAGAAUAAUGUGAACCAAACAGAAACAAUGUGUUUCUUUGUUGUCUUUUUUUUUUUUUUUCCUGCCAUUCGUGACAGUUAUUAUUUUUUCAGUUGUGUUUAAAGUCCCAUAUGUAGGAUUUGGUGGUGAUACAUUAAAACAUCUGAAAGAGCAAGACUUAAA